GCGCAUAGUAGUAUAUAAUCGUAGCCAUUCCUCUCGAUAUGAACGAGUCGAUUGCAAACAGCUACAGCACAUGAAAUCGUGUGCACGUGAGUUUAUGUAUAUGGAAACAGAAGUAUGUAACUAAUUAUCCAAAUUUUUGGAUAUUUUUAACGUAGCAAUACACGUGUGUAGAUGAAAUCACAAUUGCAUCGUCCCGAUGGCUCCAAUGGGAAAGCGUGGUAAGAAAAGAAAGUUUAACGAACGUAACACACAAAAGCGACCGAAGACGAAAAAGGAAAAGUUCGACUUUCGGAAUGCCUCUUAUGUGAAAGAGCGUAAAGCAAAAAAUGAUGAGAUUGAGGCUCGUAGGCGAAUAGCGGAAGAGGAGAAAAUACGUCAGCGACUCGAAGAGACUGAUAGUUCUGAAGAGGAAGAGGUAGAUCAUUGGUUACUCUAUUUAUCCAAGUUAUCUGGCUACAAACACAAAAAUUUAGUGAAUAAACUAAAAAAAUCAAUUGUGACUAGUUCGGAGAGUGAAAACGAAGAUUCCAACACACAGAAAAAAGAUGAAACAGAUAAGGAUAGGAAGAAAAGAAAGAAGAAAGGAAUAGAAGGAAUGAAAAGGCACAUUAAAGAAGAAAAGAGUGAAGAAUCUGAAGCAAACGAUGAAUCUUCUGAUCAGAAUGAAGAGAUUACAGUUCGCACAAAAGUGGAUGACUAUGAAGAUGCUGAGACUGCCCAGGAGGACAUUGGUCAUUUGAGAGAUCCGUUCUCUUUGCAUUUACGCAAUGAUAUGGAUGAUGAACUGUAUAAAGCAGUCUCUGCAACGCCACCAAAUAUAGAAACUACAACGUUAUUGUGGCCCACACUGGGAAAUCUGGUAUGUCAAAUUCCAAAACCAGCUGUUGAUCCAAACAAUAAAGCAACAAAAGUAAAAAAGCUCUUGGAUGAUGGUGAGAAACAAUAUACAAAUUAUGGUAAGGUUCCAACUCUGAUAGAGGAUGUUGACUGGAACAAAUUACAUGUAAAAUUACAAAUUCAGAAUAAUUUAAUCAAAGCUAAUUUUAAUAACGUAAAAAAUAUUGGAGAGAAAGAUUCCAUACCUAUGACUCCUCUUCAGAGAGAACUGUUUUCAGUGAUAAAUAAUUAUCAAGACUUGUAUUAUCCUGGAAGAACAUUUUCUAAUGCUGACGAGAUACGAUUCGUCUAUUGUUUACAUGUAAUAAAUCAUGUGCUGAAGACUCGAACAAAAAUACUACAUCACACUGCAAAGUUAGCAAAGUCUAAUCGUAAUGGUAUGGGAGAGGUUCCAGAUGAAUACAAGGAUCAGGGUUUAGUGAGGCCCAAGGUACUCAUAAUAGUGCCAUUUAAGCAUACUUGCUUGAAGAUAGUCGAGAUGUUUAUCUCAAUCUUAUUUGGGGAAGAUAAAGGCGGUUCUGUCGUCAACAAGCUGCGGUUUAUGGAAGAUUUUACUGGAAAUGAGUUGGCGAUGCCCAAAAAGAAUCCUAAACCAGAAGAUUAUAAAAUGACAUUGCAAGGAAAUCUUGAUGACAAAUUCAAGAUAGGCAUGGCGCUUACUAAGAAGACCCUUAAGUUAUACACGAAUUUCUACUCUUCCGACAUUUUAAUCGGUUCCCCAUUGGGCCUCAGGAGAGUAAUAGGUGCAGAAGGCGAAGCGGUGCGAGAUUAUGACUUUCUAUCGUCCAUAGAAUUGUUGAUUAUGGACCAGAUUGACGUAGUUCUCAUGCAGAACUGGGAUCAUCUGUAUCAAGUGUUGGAUUACGUGCAUCUGCAACCCAAAAAGUCCCACGAUAUUGAUUACUCCCGUCUUAGAAGUUGGUGCGUAAACGGCUGGACGAAAUAUUAUCGACAGACGUUGAUCUUCUCUAGUAUCGAAACACCGUAUAUAAACACGCUGUUGAGCAAGAAAUGCUUUAACUACGCCGGCCAAGUGAAAGUAGCGAAUGCGUUAGAGCCGGGUUCGAUUCGCGACGUGACUAUCAAAGUUCCACAGGUGUUCUAUAGAUUUGACGCUUCCGAUCUUUGUCAGGCUAUCGACAACAGGCUGGAUUUCUUCCUGAAAGAGAUAUUACCUCGGUACACGGAUCCUAUAUAUAAUCACACGCUAAUCUACGUGCCGUGCUACUUCGAUUUCGUAUAUCUACGGAACCGCAUGAUGAAGGAGAAGAUGAGUUUCACGAUGAUCAGCGAAUACACCGAGGAUCGAAAGGUCGCCCGAGCGAGAGAUAUGUUCUUUCACAGCGAUGCACAUUUUCUCCUCUACACGGAACGUUGGCAUUUCUGGCGCAGAACGAGGAUAAAGGGUAUCCGUCACCUCAUAUUCUAUCAAUUGCCUACAUAUCCGCACUUCUACAGCGAAAUGUGUAACCUGAUGGAUAAUCUAUAUCAGAAUCCAAGGUCUGGCACGGAGUUCAAUAUGUCGGUGACUGUCAUUUACAAUAAGUUCGAUGCUCUAAUGCUUGCUCAAAUAGUCGGUCAGAAUAGAGCCGCUAAAAUGAUAGAAUCAGAAUCUAAAGUAUACACAAUUAAAUGUUGAGACUUGAAUUCUUUUCCUAUAUACAUGUAUGUGUAUAUAACACGUACAAAUAAUUAAAGUAAUUUACUGCGCACCAAUUACAAUAUCGACUUCCCUUUUUUGCCUAUUUUAAAUAAUUAAACAAAUAAAUUAAAUUAC